GUUGUUAUAGUGAUAAACUGAGGCCUUGCCUUUUGGCUUCUCCGAGAAGGAAAGGGGCGGGGUGGGGGUUAACCUCUUUUACUUUCCCCAGGGAAGACAGAAGAAGGGACGAAGAAGGGGGAUGGGUAAGGAAAAGAAAAAUACGUGACAAAGAAAACAUUCUCUGCCUGUGAGGAGACUGACAGAGGGUGUAUAGCUGGAGGGAGCAUUCGCUGGCCAUGCCAGUACUUACCACUGAUGCUGAGUCAGAAACAGGUAUCCCAAAAUCCCUUUCCAAUGAGCCUCCCUCAGAAACCAUGGAGGAAAUAGAGCACACAUGUCCACAGCCUCGACUGACCCUGAAUGCACCUGCCCCAUUUGCAGAUGAAACGAGCUGCCAGUGCCAAGCACCCCAUGAAAAACUGACCAUUGCUCAGGCCCGCUUAGGAACACCAGUUGACAGGCCUGUCAGAGUAUAUGCAGAUGGAAUAUUUGACCUCUUCCACUCAGGCCAUGCAAGGGCACUUAUGCAAGCAAAAACGCUGUUUCCCAACAGCUACUUGUUGGUAGGAGUCUGCAGUGAUGACCUCACCCACAAAUUCAAAGGUUUCACCGUGAUGAACGAAGCAGAGAGAUAUGAAGCUCUCAGACACUGUCGCUAUGUAGAUGAAGUCAUCAGAGAUGCUCCAUGGACACUCACACCAGAGUUUCUGGAAAAACACAAGAUUGACUUUGUGGCCCAUGAUGACAUUCCAUACUCUUCUGCUGGCUCUGAUGAUGUUUAUAAGCAUAUAAAGGAAGCAGGAAUGUUUGUUCCAACGCAGAGAACGGAAGGCAUCUCAACAUCAGACAUCAUCACCAGAAUUGUCCGAGACUACGAUGUAUAUGCCCGACGCAACCUCCAGAGAGGGUACACAGCCAAGGAAUUGAAUGUCAGCUUUAUAAACGAGAAGAAGUACCGCUUCCAAAACCAGGUAGACAAGAUGAAAGAAAAGGUCAAGAAUGUAGAGGAAAGAUCAAAAGAAUUUGUUAACAGAGUGGAAGAAAAAAGUCACGAUCUAAUUCAAAAGUGGGAAGAAAAGUCGAGGGAAUUCAUUGGCAACUUCCUAGAACUGUUUGGGCCUGAUGGAGCAUGGAAGCAGAUGUUCCAGGAGAGGAGCAGCCGGAUGCUACAGGCCUUGUCCCCAAAGCAGAGCCCUGUGAGCAGCCCCACCAGGAGCCGGUCCCCUUCCCGCUCCCCGUCGCCCACCUUCUCAUGGCUCCCAAUCAAAACCUCACCCCCCUCCUCGCCCAAAGCAGCCUCAGCCUCCAUCAGCAGCCUGAGUGAGGGGGAUGAGGAUGAGAAGUAAAGGCUGCUGGCAGACAACCAGAGCCACACCACACAGGCCGGGGAGGUGGGUGGGGGCACUGGGGAUGCCUGGGUGGUUUUGAAAGGUGACAGUCGCAGGAGCUGUAGCUCAGCUGGGAGACCCUGAGCUCUGCUAAGGGGAGGCCUUGGGACCAACUCUCCCUCAGUCUCCACUCAGCCCAGGACUUGGGCUCUGCAUGGAGGUUUCCAGCCAGACAACCUAUACAAACCUUAGCAUCAUCUAGAAUCACUCUACUUUAACCUUGCUAAGGAAAGAUGCAGAGCACCCCCCGAAGACUUGCACCAAGUGGGGUGUCUUCUGCUUUGGUCCUUACACCUACCCCCACCAAGUACACCACCUACGGAAGCGGCUGUUUCCUCAACCUGCUACUUCCAGCUCCUAAGGGCCCUGCACGUUGCCUCCUGCCACCCAAGCUCUGCCAAAGCUGUUUCCAAUAAAAAUAGUUGAGUUAGAGGUAAAUUCCAACCUUCUCAGUUUAGCCACUGAGACCUGACGUUCCAAUGCAUCAAUUCUUUCCAGUUCCAAGAACAUGGCGCAUAGACAAAGCCUUGCUUUAGGCCAGAUAUAGAAAAGGUCAUCUCGUGUGACCCUUGACUUCUUAUUCAAAGAACAGUUUUGUCAAGGAGAGCACCACAUAAGACCUAAUGUGCUCCUGGUUGUACUUUUUCAUCAGUGGUUUGACUUGUUUUCCCCAAAGUACCUUAAUCUGUGGGAAACACAACAAAGCAAAACAUCCUAUAUAAGACAGAAAAGAGGAGCUGCUUCGCUUUGGCUCCAAGUUUAGCAGAUGGUAAAUAUCUUCUGAAGCUUCUCCUUAAAGGAUGCUAUCAUGGAAUGGCUGUCCCCAUUCUGACCAGUUAACAGUCUCAUAGACCUCAAGUAAAAGCUUGAUGUACCAAACCACAUAGUAUACCAAUAGGGGGUGCUACCUGCAUGUUAUCUUUUCUAUGUACGCUCCAAACAUGUCAUCCAGGGUAUAGACCAUAUGCAAUAUGAAAAUACAGUGGUGGCAUUUUAUAAUAUACUCCUGCUUUCACCCUCAUAACCCUGCUGAAAUCCUUGGUCUCAAGGACUAUCUGGUUCCCUUGUGACUUGGGAACUUCGUGAAAAGCUCAUCCCGAAUUCCUGUAGGAAGGCUUGUGCCAACCAGGAAAUUAGUAUGUUGUUCUCAUGGCCUCUUAUAUUUUUGGGUGAAGGGAGGCUCUGAAGAGUCUCGCAGUGCACUAGGGAACCUCAGUUCUGAGCUCAACAUUUGGAUGGACUAGCGAGUGUAGUUAUCCCUGCCCCUGGGUUUGCCAAAUGGGAUGCAGACCCUAAGAAUUCCUGCUGAACUGUUUGAAGUUACUGUCCCCUCAGCACAGGUAGGAAGUGAACAGGUCGACUCAAGGUGUAGAACCAUACUCUUGGGUAGAAGAGGCACGGGCUGGUUGUCCCAGGAAAGCCAGAGACAGAGCUGAGGCCUAACUGAGCAGAGGCUCGAACCAGCAACUUGUGGGCACAACCCAGCAUCUCUUGUGACAGAAACACCCCUUUUCAGAGGCCCUUAGAACCAGCAUUCUGGGUGACAAGUGGGGCAACCAGUGAAGGAAGGUGGCAUGUCUUUCCCACUUGUGUUGGGGUCAAACUACCUCCCUGUCCACCUGGAGAUGAGUGGUGUUUAUUGAGAAGCAAAACCAUGAGGCUAAGCUGGCUUGGAACCCCGUUGUUCGUAGCACUUCCUCCAGAGCUCUGUCAAGUACUCAUGCAGGACAGAGCUGGCACGAACAUGGUAUGUGAGAAGAAACCUUUUUGUAGUCAAGACCUAGCGCAUCGUCACACUACAGAGAGAGCAAGGCCCCCUUCUUUCAGUGUGCCCAUUUGGUCUCUCUCUUCCAUCAUGCACCCAGGGCAAACUGGGCACGUUUGGGUGACACUUGUAAGCAGAGAAAGGAUGAGACCAGCUGGGCAAGGCAAGGUGAUGAGAACACAGAGACAAGAGGUGCCUGGAGAGAGGAAAGGAGGUUAAAGAAAAUGCUCUCUCAGACCAUUUCAGGACCUAACUUGGGAGGGAGACUGUCUUGGGAAGGCCUCUUAUAUGCUUACUCCAUGACCCAGGUCAGAUAGAUCCACUUUGACCUGAAUUCUGCCCUAGAGCAAAUAGCAUGGGGUUGAGGUAUCAGGCUGAUUAUACUUUUGCAAGCCCUACACACCAUACUGACAGGUGCCACUUAUGUGACUCAGAUUCAGUGCCAUCAUAGCCAUCAAUUGGGAAAUGACCAAUGCCUGGGAUACUCCACAGAUGGGCCAAAACAACCCACAAGCAGGUUCUAAAUUUCACCCUAUGUCCCCCCCCAACCUUCCCCACCCUCCUAAGGCUACAAGACUACUGAGAAGGAAUGGGGGGAUUCUGCAGCCCAACUUUUGAUGCUUCCCAGCCAUUGGUUUCUUUGAGCCCCACCCCCCAACCCCAGGAGAGGGGCUACUUUUGUUUGGGCUGGCCAGUCAACAGUCAUGGCCAAGAGUGAGUGAAGGCCGCAGUGCACGAUGUAGAAGGUAUGAUGCAGGCUUGGGGAGGUCAGCAGAAAUGACAAAAAGCGAGGAAGGAUUCUUCUGUCCUAGAAAGGGAUGGAAGCUUCAGGUGGAAGCUUCACACUGAGGACGAGAGGACUCCACUUACGGUUGUAGAAGGAGGCAGGUUAAAUAAAGAUGGGCAAAACCGGGGCUCAAGGAGGGUGAGGGUGGGAGUGGUUACUCUGUUCCCUUUCAAGUGUCACUCAGCCCCUAAUAAGAGAAGAAAGCAGGCUCCCUAUCACAGACACCCAAAGUCUGGGUACUCAUGCAGAUGCGGGUCCUCCGUCCCCUAGCUUCCCUAUUUCAGCACUUCUCCAUUAGCUGCCACGCCCUCCUCCUGGAACCCUGAAAUCAAGUGUUCACCCACCAGCUAAUAACACGGGGGACUGGUAAUGUCAGAGUCACAUUGAAUGGCCCGUUUGUGGAAGCCAGCUCCCAUGUACCAGGACCUUACAAACGUAAAGGGAACCAAUCUCAAGAAGGGUAGCCCUGAAAUCUGCCUUCUGACCUGCUCUGUGGGGGAAGAGACACAGCUGCGGGAUUGCAAUCUUGCUCCACGCCUUAGGCUAUAGUUGCUGUCAGUCCAUCCUUCAUGGGAAGGACAGGAAGAGCCGGGUUUAUUUUCUCUCCAUCUUCAGAUCUUAUUUGAGCAGGCAGCCGUAUCCCAGGGCAAGAUGCGAGAUGAUGGCACAGACGCAACUGAGUCACAUAAGCGCACAUGGAGCUGAGACCCUGUGCCUCAGGCAUCCAUUCGGCACUAGUCCUGGCCAUCAGAUUUUUAAAAAAGAGAAUAAGCUCAUGAGGCAUUUGCAACUUCUACUUCUCUCUAGGUUUUAGUUUUUUGUUGUGUCACUGCAAUGUGUUCCGGGACAAAGCCAUAAGAAGAGCAUACAUACUUAAGACUAUGCUGUACAUAUGAUGACAACUCGUCUGGGUUAAAGCACGACCUUACGCCCAAGCAAUUGCUCUGGUGCUGAAUAACGCAAACUACUGGAAUCAGCCCUCAUCCCUGCCCCCACCCUCCCGGCUCCAAACCCACCCCUGCUCCCAAACGGAACACAGCAUUCCCGACCUGUUUAUAAAUAAAGAGAUGCAG